AGUAUUUUUCGAAGUUUCCUCUUAUGCUAAACAAUGAGAGCCCUUUGGUGGGAAGCAAAUGACAAAAAACUUUCUUUUGUGGAAGAUGCCGUAGAGCCAACUGUCACCAAACCAGAUGAAGUCAAAGUAAAGGUUGCUUUCUCAGGUGUGUGCGGUUCUGAUUUUCAUUUCAUGGGUGGAGAAAUGGGAAAGUUUUCUACUAAACCUGACGGAGUUGUUCUGGGUCAUGAAUUCUCAGGAACUGUAGUCGAAGUUGGAACAGGAGUAGAAAACAUAAAGGUUGGAGAUGAAGUUUCGGUCGAUCCAAAUUUUUGCUGUGAAAACUGUGUGUGGCACGAAGAGAAAAAGCCACAGUUUUGUGAAAGAAAUGUCACAGUUGGCGUAAAACAAAACGGAGGAUGGGCAGAAUUUUGUGUUGUGCCUAAUAAACUGGUUUACAAGUUACCAGAAACCGUAUCAUUAGAUGGUGGAGCUCUGGCCGAACCUUAUUCUUGCGUAUUACGAGGCUGGAAAUUAAUGGACCAACUUCCCAUGAAAACCGCAAAAGUAUUGAUUCAAGGAGCCGGAAUAAUUGGGUCUAUGUUUGCGUGUUUGUUUCAUGUUAAAGGAUAUAACAAUGUAACAAUAUGUGAACCACAUGAAGGACGUAGGAAUACUUGUUCAGGUCUUGGAUUUGGAUAUGACGUUAUACACUCACAAGAGUUAGAUCUGCUUAUGGCUGGCAAAGAUGCGGAUACCCAUGGUUUUGACGUUAUUUUUGACUGUACUGGUAAUUGCAAAGCUGUGCAAAAGACCAUCAGUUUGGCACGCCGUGGGGCUUUCAUUUCAAUGUUCGGAUGUUGUCCCGCGGGAGAAAAGAUUGAAAUUGAACCAUUUCAAAUUUACUGGAAAGAAUUGAAAAUAUCUGGUUCCUUUAUCAACCCAUUUUGUUUUGAAGAAGCUGUUGGAAUGCUGAAAAUCCUCAACGAAAAAAAUCUACUCGAUCUGAAUAAAAUAGGAGUCAAAAUUUUUGAACUAUCCGAUUUCGAAGCUGCCUUCGCAUCUCUCAAACGUGGAGAUGCAGCGAAAGCAAUGUUUAAAAUGUGAAUUUUUUAAUAAAUUGAAAGGCACAAGCA